CGCCUUAUAUGGUCAACGUGCACUCGCGCGCUUCAUUCGGGCUUUUUAUGCAAAUCGUAUUUUAAUAGCCAGCUGUAUGCAGUCGUAGUAAUGAGCAUGCGCAGUGCGUGACAAGAAAACGGCGAAGAUUCAAAGUUUUUCUUCGGUUCUUUUUACCUGUGCGCUGAGCUCCAACGAGAAAGAAAGAUUAUGUUUGGCUUUCACAAGUCAAAGAUCUAUCGGAGUAACGACGGCUGCUGCAUCUGCAAGACCAAGUCAUCCAGUUCGCGUUUCACGGACAGCAGUCGAUAUGAAGAGACGUUCCGGCUGUGUUUUGGGUUGUCUGAGGACCGCGUAGGAGACAUCUGCAAUGCUUGUGUGUUGUUGGUGAAGAGGUGGAAGAAACUCCCCAAUGGCUCCAAGAAAAACUGGAACCAUGUGGUGGAUGCCAGGGCCGGGCCGGGCUUCAAGGUGACGAAACCCAAGAAGAUCAAAAAUGGUGACGGAAAGAAGAAAAGCAAGCUGAAGAGGCUUCACAAGUUAAAGAGGCAAACAGACUCAGACGCUCACAGCACGACAUCCAGCGUGUCUCCUGCCCAGUCGCCCAGUUACAGCAAUAUGUCUGAUGACGGCUCGGACAUAGAGUCGAAACAAAGGCGUUCAUCGCCCUCCACUUUUUCUUUCUUGGACCGCUCCUACUGGAAAAGGCAAAAGGUUUGCUGCGGAAUCGUGUACAAAGGGCGCUUCGGCGAGGUGAUCAUCGACCCGCGCCUCUUCAAGCCCUGCUGUAAUUCCAAAACGCAGAAGAGUCUGACGUCCACGCAAGUUCCGUCGCUCCUUCCGGAAACGCAGCCGCAACAACUCCCGGAGGAAAGAAAGCUGGUGAUGGCUCUCGUUUAACUGUUGCCCGAAGCACUCACUCGGAAUUUGUCUCCAGUGGCAGACUUCUUUUCCCAUCCUAGAUCAGUUGACUAGAUGGAUUGUUUUGGGUUAUUUUGUUUUUCCUCCCAAUAUUGGUAUUGUCUUAACUGUUGUAUAGUUUUUUUUUUUGUUUGUUUGUUUUUUUUUUAAAUACAAAAAGAAAAAAAAAUCACCAAAAAAAAAUAAAUUUAGGGGCAUUAGUUGUAUUUAUAGGAUGAGGAGAGAAAUUCAGUUGAAAUUUAUUAUUUUUGCUUACCUAAAUGAUUUUUGUUUUGUAAAUAUGUUGCCACUUUCAUACAUAUCAAAACUGUUCUAUUUUUUUCAUGAGUUGCAUUUGAAGAAGGAAAAAAAAACACCAGCUAUUUCUAAUACCAGCUUUCCUCAACACGAUGCUGCAAACUUACACUGUCGUCCGAUUCACUUUUUAUUAGAGAACACGUGAGGCUGGCAGCUAAUGACAAGCAGGGGGCAAAUUAGAUUUUAAUAUUUUUCUAGAAAAAAAUUGUGACGUUUUCACAAGUUUGAAACUUUUUUUGUUGUUGUUUUUUUUUAAACUUGGAGCACAUUGUGAUCAGAAGAUGCAUGCAGUAUGUUUCUCUGCCUUUUGUGGUGGGUUGGACAAAUUGUGUAUUUAUUUCUUUUGUACAGGCACCAAUGAAAUGACAUCUUUUUUUUUUUUUUUUUUGUAAAUAUAGUUAUGAUUCCACAAAAACGAUUUUUUGUUUACAAGAACGGGAGACCAGUUUUUAUGCUAACCGACUUUAUAUGUCCUACAAUGUCAUUCCAAGCUCAUGUGUAUUUUAAUUUGGUAAAAAGUUCAGGGAGUGUAAUUUUCGAAAUGGCGUGCGUUUUGUUCGUGUCAACUGUCAAAAGCUAUGCAGACGUUUUGAAUGUGCGCCUUUCUGUCACUUUCCUGUUUGAAAAGCGAUCAAGUGACCUUAAUGUGGUCCUUAGUCAACCAAACCGAUUUGUACAAAGAGCUCAUAACUAUUCAUUGUUACUGUCCCAAAUAUGUCUAAUGUUCGUGAUGAUGCUCAGGUUGCACUGCAAUGGCCACGGCAUGCUGGUUCGGCUCCCCCUUUUUUUUGGUAUUUUUGUAUACCAUCACAAGUGAGCUUUUUGAGGGGGCAGGGUUUUUAUUUUCUUAAGGUUCUCAUUGAAAGGAGAAUGGCUGGCUCCUUUUUAAUCUGCUCGAUAAGCUUUUUUGGCAGGUGCAUUUUUUUAAAGUGAGAUGUGCCUUAAUGAAUUACCUAACCUUGUCUUCUCAUGUAAUUUAUAUUUAUUUAUUGCAGUUUUUUUUUUAUUGAGAUAGCUGGUGUAGAGCCUUUUUCCAAACGUUUUUGCGCACUUCCCUUUAACAUGCAAGCUUACAAUGUUUUUUCGUUGUUGUUCGGUUCUUGAUACUGUACCACCACGUAGAGCUGUACUGUAAUAAGAUAAAAUAAA